AUGGCGGAUGAUCUGAAUGACGAAUGGUGGCUUAAUCAAGAACAAGAGGAAAAUGAACACAAACCGUCUGAUGAUGGAAUUCUUGUUUUGUCUGAAUCUGAACUUGCAGAAGAAGAUGGACGUAGUUGCAAAAGGAAAUCAGAAGAGGGACAAAAAGAAUCUAAAAAAAAGAGGAAAAGAAAAAAAAUUACUGAGGAAUUAAAACAGACUGGUAUAAAACCUGGUGGGCCACUUGAUUUGAUGAUGGCUUUGAAAAAAAACUUUGAAAAUAAAUUAACUGCCAGUGAGUGGGAUGAAGUUAGUUUAGAAGAAGAUCACUUCUUUGAAUGCAAUACAGAUUCAUUGCAACCUUCAAUUUACCUGAAACAGAUCCUGCCGAAAUGGCAAAAGAUGCUUAAAAAGAAGAAGGACUUAAAGCCAGGAUCUCCGAUGAUUCUUGUUGUUGCAAGUUCAGCUGUUCGAUCUGUGGAGUUAAUCAGGGAGAUAAAUUCUUUCAAAGGAGAUAAUGCAAAAACGGCAAAACUCUUUGCCAAACAUUUUAAGAUUGAAGACCACAAGAAAUUCCUUAAAAAAGCUGUUAUUCAAAUUGGUGUUGGUACACCUAAUCGUCUAAAUGCUUUAUUAAAUUCUGGAGCUUUAAAACUAAAAUCUCUGAAUGCACUGAUCCUUGAUUGGAAUUGGCGUGAUAUCAAGUCUCAUCGUCUCAUUGAUAUCCCAGAAGUUAGAACUGACCUAAUGUCUUUAUUCAGGACGUUCUUUAGUAAACAGGUCAAAGACAGACAGUGUCAAAUAGGAUUACUCUAG